AACAUCAAGCGAUUUCUGUGCUGAUAAUAACAGAAGUUUUUGACACAUCUCACGGCUAAGGAAUAUGACUCUCAUUUUAGUUUUGCUGCGUUUAUGUUUAUGGCAUUUGGAUGGGGUGUUUGGUGUUGUGUCAGGUGAAAUGAAGACUUUGUCAGUGAUGGAGGGAGAUUCUGUCACUCUACACACUGAUACUGACAUACAGAGAAAUGAUGCAGUGAUAGAGUGGAUGUUUGGAGCUGAAAACCCAGAUACUGUCAUUGCUGAAAUCAACAGAGCGGCAAAUAUCAGUGAUGUUACUGAUGAGAGAUUCAGAGACAGAGUGAAGAUGGACAGUCAGACUGGAUCUGUCACCAUCACAAACAUCAGAACCACAGACUCUGGACUUUAUAAAAUAGAAAUCACCAAAAAUGCAGUAGUAGACAAAACAUUCAAUGUUACUGUCUUUGCUCUUCUUCCUGUUCCUGUCAUCAUCAGAAACUCUUCUCAAUGUUCUUCAUCAUCUGAAAGUUCAUCAGUGUCUAAAUGUUCACUGCUGUGUUCAGUGGUGAAUGUGAGUGAUGUGACUCUCUCCUGGUACAAAGGAAACAGUUUAAUCUCCAGCAUCAGUGUGUUUAAUCUCAGCAUCAGUCUCUCUUUACCUCUGGAGGUUGAAUAUCAGGAUAAAAACACCUACAGCUGUGUGAUCAACAACAACAUCAGCAACCAGACACAACAUCUGGACAUCAGUCAACUCUGA